CCAAACGGACGCAUGCGCGGCGCUCGAGAGACUUUCCGAGGUUUUCCUGAAUAAACUCACUACGUGUUUCUGGUCGUGAAAGUAUCUUUUUCAGUUAGGCAGUGCACUCUGCAGUGGCCCCACCCUUCCCCCCUUCUAUCACUCAAGCCUCGAAAAGGAGCCUUUUCGCAGUCGAAAACAGAAGCACGAGCAACACAGCUGAAAACCUAUUUAAGGACCGUUCCAAAACAUCAAGGAUACACUUCAAAGACCUCUUUCGACCAAGUCAGUUAAAUACAGAGUUUUCAGAGUGUGUGUGUGUGUGUUUGCGUGUACGUGUGCCAGUGCGUGUUACAAGUGUGUGCCUUAAUCCAUUAAAUAUAAUUAAGCCCGAAUCAAAACAAAAUAUAUUAAGUCCGCGAAACGAACAAACACAAAUUCAAAUACAAAUACAAAUACUUUUCAAAGAGCCAUAAACAAAUCGCAGUCUGCGAAAUCCGUUCAAAGCUCGCGCCAAUAUUGCUCCAAUUUGAGAAAACGGCUUAGCAACAAUUGCAUUGAACAGUCGAACAGUAAAACAGUCGAACACAACAACUGAAGCCCAAAACAGCAACAACCACCCGUAAAUAUAGAAAGCUUAACAAUCAAAUCCAACAACAACGACAACGAGGGAUUAGAGCCACUAACAACUAUAAAUGUGGUGGGUGCAUUAUUGCCAUUAACCAAAUCCCGAGCGACAGUGGCCAGCAUGAUCGCAGUGCAGCUGGUGGUCAAAGGAGGCCCAAUGAUUCACUGAGGAGCCGAAGCAAAGCGAUCCCCAUUGAGCAGCGAGAACAAAAGAAGCAUUAACUGGAAGCUUGAUUAACUGGUGGACAGGUGGACUCAAUCGACAGCGGAAUGGCACACUUUUGCUGGCUCCUUAAAUUCGGUUUCUUGCUGCUGAUGCUGUCCGGCUGCCGGACGCGCCCAGCUCCCUUUCCAAGUGGCAGGCAGAGUGAGCUCAUCGCGGGCAACGAGUUCCUCAAGCUGUUCCUCGACCAUGACGACCAGCAGCGAAGCCUCCACAGCGGCGAACAGGAUUUCGAGGGCAGGGCAGAGUCAGCAUCAGCAUCCCCAUCGGCAACCCACCACAGAGCAGCCACCGGAAGAAGCCUGGAUCUCAGCAGGAACCGCUAUAGGAACUCCCUGACAUCUGGACACUCCCACACCGAGGAGCCGUCCGACUCCAAGCAGGUGGCGAAGCUGGUGACCUCAGGCAGUAAGAUUGUGUUCCUCGAAGAUGCCCCAAGUAAAGGGAAAGGCAAGUCCAGUGACGAGGUCAAAGUGGUGGCCGUUAGUGUGAGCUCCUCCAGCAAGCGAGGUCCUUCGAGGAGCAGUGCCUCUGGCAUGACUGGCACGGGCUCGGACUUUGUGAACCGCUCGCAUAAAAGCGAGCUUUCGAUUGAGGAAACAGAGCCCAGAUUGGCUGCCGAUUCCAUGGACAGCGAGGUGGAUUCCCUGAACAGUGCCUCCAACAUACAGAGUGUACUGGCUGCCCCUCUACUGGCAGCUUCCUCAUCGCAUUCCUUUUUAAAGAACCAAAGCCAGGUGACUGAAGAGGAAGCCGGUGUGGGAACCGCAGCUGGAGCGGGUUUACCCUUUCAAACGGUGAUCUACCAUGACACCAAACAGGGCAGAGGACCUCAGUCCAGGUCGAUAUCCUACAGUUCCAUCUCCCAGAACGUGGAUGAUUUGCAAACCUGGCAGCAGUCGAGAAGUGGCAUUUUGGCAGAGGCCCAGAGGAAUGUAAGUGAGAGCCUGAAACAUGCCCACUCGUCAGAACCGGCCAAGUUCUACUCAGUACCAUCGAAAAUGUACAGUGUGCCCAGUAAGUUCUACUCCGAGCCAGCUAGGGUGUACUCAGAGCCCGCCAAGAUGUACGGACAGCCGGAGAAGGUGUACUCGGAGCCCUCGAAAGUCUACGGACAGCCCUCCAAGUUCUACUCGGAGCCAGCGAAAGUGUACUCGCAACCCUCGAAAGUGUAUGGCGAACCAGCCAAAACCUACUGGCCACAAACACUGACCACAACGGCAGCACCACCACUGCUGAGCAGCACCUCCUCCUCAUCAACCUCCACCAGCACCACCGAGAAAGCACCACUGGCAGCCACCACCACCACCACCACCUUUGUGCCCCUGCGAUCCAGACCACGACCCGCGAUUGUCUCGCGCAUCGCUUUUGGCGAGGCGCAGAGCACAAGCACCACCACAGUAGCCACUCCGAGCAGCACGGCAGCCACGUCCAGCGGCCCGGCAGCCACGCUGGCCAGCAGGGUCACCACAGUGAAGCCUCCCAGAAGCAGCACUUCCGCCAGCAUCAGGCCCACCACUUGGCAGCACCACUAUCACAGCUACAGCCACCAGCCAGCACAGCCGGCGCAUCCAACGCGCCGCGUACUCUUCAACUUGGAUAAAUUGCCUUAUGAUUUAUUGAAUGCACCGCAGCCGCAUCCACUGGAGCCCAUUUUAUCGAAGCACUCAGGUCCGAGCCACUACCACCACCAGCAACAUCAGCAGAAGCAGCAGCAACAGCAGCAGCAGCAACAGCAUCUGCAGCAACACGAACCGCAACAGCAACAGCAACAGCCAAGUCCAUGCUGGGAGCAACAGCGUCAGCAUUCAUCACCGCCGCAUCAACAUUCUAAUCAAAAUGCCAAAGGAUUGCCCAAUAGAGAUCUAGUCAAGUGUGUUUCCAAAUUUGCACACCAACAUGGAGCAGCGGCGUCCGCGGCGGACCCAUCGCCGCCAUCAUCUUCGGGGUCAGGCGGUGGCUAUUCGUACAGCUCCAGCUCGUCCUCCUCGUCCUCCUCGUCCACCUCAUCCAGCUCGGCCACCUCAUCCGCGAAGCAGCAGCCACAUCUGCAGCACUUCACCACCGAGCACCCCGAGCUCUACACUCCGACCUCAGAGCAGAAUUACGAAAUUGAGGAGUCCGUUAGUGUUAUGACAAACGGACGAGCCCACGGACCGCAGGGCGGUGCAGGUGGUGGUGCUGGUGGUGGUGCUGGUGGUGUGGCAGGGAGUGCUGCUGCCGGCGGUGGGGCAGUGGGGCAAGUCACAACGCCAGCCAGUCCAGUGCCCCAAUCGAGCACCACCGCCAGCCCAAGUCGUGGCAUCAACAGAGGACGUGGCUCGGUGGUUUACAAUGCAAAUGCCAACGAUUAUUCAGAUGGCGAUGAUGAUGGCGAUGCAGGCGGGGAUGGGGACUCGGGAUCAGAGGGCCAGGGUGGCCAGGGUGGCGGCACCGAUGCGGCCUCCGAUGACGAAGACAAAGUGGCCUACGUGGUCGAGGGACGCAACUACCGAAAGUACCGGGUGGAGGAGAAGACCGACGACGGCUUCAUCGUCGGCGAGUACGGAGUGGUGGACCACAACGAUGGAAACCUGUGGGGAGUGCGUUACACCGCCGACUCCACCAUCAAUCGCAGUCUGAUACAGAAGGCGUUGCUCACGUUUCUGAAGCUCAAGUAGGGCCCAAAUGGUCAGGCUCCACUCGGGAAAGCACUCGCAAUGGAGCGAGGAGAGUCGCCAGUAUGCAGGGAAAUCUUUGGAAAGUACAGGGAUGCUUAGGAAAACACUAACUAAGACAAACCGUCUUGGAACUUGCAAUCGAGAAGGUCUAGAUGGUUAAAAAUAUUGGAAUUACUAGAAAUAUUCAAACUUUUUAAGUUAAGCGAAGCCUAGCAAACAAUUAUUUGCUAAGAAACCUAUUUGGUUGACUAUCAAACAAUUAUUUGCUAAGAAACCUAUUUGGCUGAUUAAGUUUUACAUUGCUUAAGUUGUAAACCCUAAUUUUAGUUGUAAAACGAAAACGCAGAUAUGUGGCGACUUUCCAAAUGCAUAUGGGUGAUUUCCCGAGUGUCAAAAUACAAGAACCCCGCACUUCCCCACUGAAGAGACAGCUGCAAAGGCAUUCACAUGUGAUCCAAGUCGUAUUGUAGUUAGCGUAGACAACCUAAACCUAGAUAGAUAAACCUAGAUAGAUGUACUAGAACGUAGCCACUAGUUGAGUUCCCACGAGAUCAGUGUGUGUGUGUGUGUUUAGUCAGUAAACGAAUUUUGUUUAAUGUUUAGUUAAUGUUUUAAUUAAUUUAUUGUAGUUGUUGGUAUUGUAAUUGUAACCGCAAAUCCGAGCCUAAUUUAUUCAGCCGACCAGCACACCCGAAAUUCCGCAGAACUAUAGCAACUUGCCAUAAAAUCCGAGCACCUACCAGCAUUAAGAACGAGCGAAAAACUAUCCUAA